AUGAAAAGAAUUUAAAGAAGAUUAUCCAAAUGUGUUGAUGAAGAAAUGUAAUCAGAUUCAUCAAAAUAAUAAUCUGAUUCUGAAUUUAUUAUUACAGAAACAUCUGAAUCUGAAAAACUAAAAAGUAAAUCAUUUUGGAGUCUUAAAGGACUAAGUUAUUAAAUUAAAACACUUGUUAAGGAAUUAAAAAGCACUACUUACAAAAUAUUAGCUAAUAUUCUUAUUGAAAAAUUGCAAAAUGAACUUCAAAAAAUACAUACUACUGAAAGAAGAAAAGAGAUACAAAAUUUAAAAAGGAGAGUAUAUGAUGCUAUUAAUGUUAUGGUAGCCAUGGGAGUUCUUGAAAAAGACAAGAAAUAAAUCUCAUUCCAUGAAUAAAAAGACAAAGAAGUAAUUAAUUUUUAAAAAGAAUAAGUUCGAACUAAAUUAGAAAUAUUAAAAGAAAAAAGAAAAAAACUAACAAAAGCUACACUUACUUAUAUGAUGUAUAAAUAACUAAAUCAAAGAAAUUAAUAAAUUAAAAUGGAAUCUGAAUAAAUACUAUAUACUCCAGUUUUUGCCUUUUCAGUAUAAGUAUUUGAUAAUGACUUAUGUAUGCAACAAAAAAAUGGAAAAAAAUUAAUUAUCAAAUCUAAAUAGCCUAUCUAUAUCUACUCUGAAUUAGAAGUAUUAUAAAAGAUCUUAAACUGA